AUGUGGGCCUGGCUCAUAGGAACUGGCCAGCCGGGCCUAGGCGGGGCUGGCAUUUGGUCCAGGAUUUGCUGGACGUGGGUGAACCCUUUGAUCAACAAGGGGUGGGCGGAGACUCUAGAGGAGGAUGACGCGCGAUUCCUGGUGCCGGCGCGCGACGAGGUGGAGCCGCUGGCGGCGAGGUUUGAAUCCAAAUACGAACAGAUCCUCAAGGCCCGCACCGCGCGCCGCGCCCGCGGCGUCACGCGCGCGCCGCUGGUCAACGCGACCACGGAGGCGCUGCUGCGGAUCUUCUGGCUUGAGUUCAUAUGGCACAGCUUCUGGGCGCUCGUGGAGACGGCCGCGCGCGUGCUGUCGCCCCUGGCGCUGCGCGAGUUCCUGCGGUGGCUGCAGCGCGACGCGGCGGACGGCGCGGCGGAGGCGGACUGGCGGGGGUGGUUGCUGGCGCUGGCAGUGCUCGCGGGCGGCGGAAGCCUCACGCUGAUCCACCACGUAUUCUUCUGGGUGGGCAUGCGCCUGGGCUACAUCAUGCGUCAGCAGGUGGUGUCGGCGAUCCACGCAAAGGUGCUGAGGCUCAACAGCGCCUCGGUCGCGCACGCGUCGACGGGUACGUAG